CCAGAGUGGGCUGCAGCUAUAGCUCACAGAAUUGCUCAAGAGCUUCCAACAGGACCUGAUAAAAUUCACGCAUUAAAAUUUUGCUUACAUUUGGCUGAAAACUGGAAAAGCAACACCUCUCCCAAGGUAGAGGCUCACGAAAGAGCAGAAGUGCUAAUAAAGAAGCUCACUGUGCAAUACCAGCGUUCAGCAACGGAAAGUGUUUUGAUAAUACACAAAGUAAAUACUCCUGACCUUUUGAAACAGAUUGGUAAACCAGCCAACCUCAUAGUUUCACUUUAUGAGCAUAGCAGUGUGGAAGAAAGGAUACGAAAUCCAACAGGCAGAGAUUAUCCAGACAUACAUGCUACAGCAAAGCAAAUAGCUGAAGUGAACAACUUGAGCAUGAGCAAAAUUCGA